CAUAACUGUUACAGAGAACUCGAAUCUGUAACUCACAAUAGAGGAGCGUCAGAUGAAUGUAAGGAGACGUAAGGAUGACAUGAUGAUAUCAGAGAAUGUGUGAGCUUGUUUUGGAUUACAUUCCUGGCAAACUCUGAAUGGGAAUACUCAGCAGACGGCCUGUGAUGGAAACCUUACAUUAAGUGUUUUCCCAUCAGCACUGACAACAACGGCACAUGCUAUUAUAACUUUGUGUCCUGAGGAGCAAGCGGUGGUGAGAGCUCUUCCACAAUGAGAGACCGUCUGGAGGAGCUGCAGAAGAGGGCUCAAGACUUUUCUGAGGCAGCAAGUGAGAAUGCCAACCCUUUCUCAGGGGAGGGGGAUGAUGAUGACUCUGUUUCGGUCAUAACGCCCCAGGCUGUGGUGUUCGAGGAGGAGCCGAUCAUUGAGAAUUUCCUGUCUGAGGCUCAGCUAAUCCGAGAUGAUAUCACAGCGCUGGACAUAGAGGUCCUUAAGUUUUGCCAGCAGCAAAAGACCUUGGUGGCGACCAUGCGUCGCUUCAGUGUGAUGAAGAAAGAGAGCAGCAUAACCCGUGACAUCAAGCUCAAGGCUGAGAGCCUCCAUCGACGCUUAGACGCGCUUUCAAAACAGGCCCAAAGGACUGAGGACCAGCAGGGGCCUACUGCUGUUACAACAAGAAUACAACGCUCCCAGCAUGCAGCGCUUUACCGCAAAUUCCAGCAGGUAAUGCUGCAGUAUAAUGAAGGUCUGCUGACCAAGCAGGAGCACUGUAAGCACUUCAUUAUCCGGCAGCUGGAGGUAUCGGGAAGGGAUGUGACGGAGGAGGAGGUGAAUGAGAUGGUGGCCACAGGAAAAUGGGAGGUGUUUAAUGAGAACCUGCUAAAUGAUGCCAAAAUCACACGGUCACAGCUAUCUGAGAUUGAACAGCGACACAAGGAGCUGUUGAGUCUGGAGAACAAUAUGAAGGAGCUGAGGGACCUGUUCAUGGACAUUUUCAUGCUGGUGGAGGAACAAGGAGCCUAUAUUGAACACAUCCAGACGAAUGUGGAGAGGACACAGGAUUACGUGGCCACGUCUAAUGAGAAGUUUAAGAUGGCCGCCAGAUACAAGAAGAAGAACCCACUUCGACAGCUGUGCUGCUGCUGCUGCCCUCCCUGGAGAUGCUGCUUAUAAAACAUGCCUUUUCCCCCCCUUAUUUUUACCUCAAUGCUCAUUGCAAAUAAGGUUUUAUUUCAAAAGUCUCACUUACCUGUUAGGAGUGAGCAAUGUUGGAUUCAAGUACCAUUAAAGUGAAGGUUAUGGCAUUGCAGUUUUUGCUGUUGAACAGAGCAAUGGUGAAGACGGAUUCAGCGGAGCGUAGAAAACAAUUAGGUUGGAAAGGCCGGAAUUGGUAUUUGAGGCACUUGUGUUUCUUUCAGGAGAAUGUGAGGCGACUGCUAUUGGAAGAGACAGUUCAGUGAGUGCUACUCACCAACAUAGCUGCUUAUUGGAGACCUUCACUGUCAUCUGACAGAGGUCAAAAACAAGGGGAGACCACUGACUCUGCCACUGCUAGAUCAGCAAGACUGAUUUUUUCUCUUUUUUUUCUUGAAAGAGCCCCUUAUUUUUUUCUGCCACAGGAGCUCCUGUUAAUGACCAUUUAUUUUUUAUACAGUAUGUGCACUUUAAGACUUAUCUUUAUUUUCUUUUUUCUUUUCAGCACAAACUAAAAUUUCAACAUAGAGUAAAAAGAUUCUCUUUCUAAGAGAUUUUGAGCCAUUAUGUAUUCAUUCUUGGCCCACACGCUGGGGAAAGAAGAACAUGUUUUACAAUUAGUUACUAGUCUCAUUUGCAUUUCAAAGUAUAAUCAUUUUUUGGUGAAAAAAAAAAUGUUAUUCUUUUAUUCAGUUUCACAGAGGCUGGGAUUCAAGUAAAACUUUGAAUAACGAGCUUUGAUCAAAAUAUUUCCGCCAUGCUGACAAAACUGUAGAAAAUCAUUGAAGUCAUUUGUUUAAAAUACGAAGGAAGAUUUGAAGUCGUACACUUCAGGAAAUAUUUCAUUUCUCUAGAUGUUUUGUAUUUUGGAGUGAAACUUCACCUAAUGAAUAUACUGGAACUGUUACACUGUUUGGAUGAAAAAAAUCUGCCAACAUUAUUAUUAAAAUUAUUGUGUCACACAAAAAGGGUGCAGGGGCUCUUAACUUGGUGGAAAGCUCUUGCCUGAAUGAGUACCAGCAGUAUGGACUGAAAUACUGGGAAUAUGCUCUAUGACUGAUCAACAGACUCACACUUGUUGACAGGUAAUCAUCUCCUGUUUCACCUUUGACUUAACGCUGAGUUGAAAGCACCAACUCAUUUUCCCUGCAGGGAUAGUGACUAAGACAUAAUAAAUCAGUAACUCAUUUCAGGACACUUCAUAUGUACAGGCAGAAGGGCUCUAAACUAGCCUCUCAUCAGCAGUGACAGUGAUGUUCUUUAGUGAGUCAGUGACCCACGGUGUCUUGUGUCCGGGACAAAAUACAGGUAAACUGGGUGUGCCAGAGCCAGACUGGAAAAUCUGGUUUGUCUCCUAUUCCAGGGUAGCUUCCUGACAGGUACUCUGUGUUCCUGCAGGGAACAGUGAGUAAACAGAACCGUUAACUUGUAGAGGAAACAGAUAAUCUACUUAAACAAAAUGACUCCUAGGCUUAUGACCACAAUAAAACCUUAUAUACAUUUUGACUUUGACGGAAAGUGUAAAAUAGCGGACAGACAAAAAAGUGCCAAAAAAAGAUCUUUAUGUAAGUUAAUUUACUCACCUCUCAAGGGAUUGAUGACUCAUGUGACACCUAAAGAAACACUACACGUACUGAGGAUCUUUAUAUAGGUUAACUUGUAUUUACACUGCUGCCUCGGGGUCUGAUAGAAGAGGUGUGACAUGUGUGAGAUGAGGUGUUUGACGACUUCAGCUGUCUGACAAGAAAAGUCUUUUCCUGAAUCUGGUCUUCUGUGUUGUUUAUCAGUCUCACUCUAGAUCGAAUGACGUCUUUAAAACAAAGGCAAAAGUGUAUUAAAUAUGUUCAUUUGAAUAUGUAAAUCAAAUAACAACUCAUUGCAUUGCAAUGCAGCACAGUAUAGUUUCCACCUCCUCCCAGACACAGUGAGGAAAAAUGAAGUACUGCUGCAAAUUGCAGGGUUCUUGAACAGCAACAAUGCCAUCCAGUGUUCACUGAGAUAAUUGCUAGUUAAGGAAUAGGUUAUAACUUAAUGCCUUAACUGUUAAAGGGCACAUUACCACACAGAUAUGUAAUUAUGCAAGUGUCACACUUGGGAAACAUAACUACACAGCAUGAAAUUUAAAUGUUCUUGGAAUAAGACUAUAGAUGUGUGGUCACUGUUGCUGAGCCAUUAUAAAC